GGGCACACGGACAGCGACGCUGUGUGGUGGCGGGCGGCCCGGGGUGCGGGAGUGUUGAGACCGAGUCAAACGCAGGGAGCUCGCGGCAACACUAUAUAACCCCACCUGUGCGCGACCAUUAGCUACAUAGGUGAAUUAGCCAGUCCCAGGCCUCUUGGAGCUUCACACUGAGCUGCCUUUGAGGUCCAGCCGCGCCUCCAGCACCGCCGCCAUCAUGGGCACGCUGAUGGGCCACGUCGUGCCGGGCUCCAUCUUCCUCAUCGGCGGACUCUGGUGGACGUUCAACAUCUGGAGCCGCUACUUCGCGGCGCUGAAGAGCCGCGGACGCUUCCGCUCCACCAUGUCCUUCCCACUGCGGCGCGGCUCGCGGGUCCCCUGGGAGAGCAUUGUCGUCAUCAUGUGCGCCAUCGCCGCCAUCGCAGGCGAGAUCGUGACGGGCUGGCGCGGGGACCGUCUGGUGGAGAUGGGUAACGGCCAGCACGCCGUCAUGUACUUCAUGUUCGCCAUCAGCAGCGCCGCAGAGGCAGCGCGCGUCACCGGCUACGAGCUGCUCCCCGGCCUGGAGUACGUCCUGGCGGUGAUGGCACUGGCCGCCGAGGCGCUGCUCUUCGCGUUCCACGGACACGGCUCCUCCGAGCUGGAGAUGCUGGUCCACCAUCUAAUGCUGUACGUCGUCCUGGCCACGGGGGCGGCAGCUGCGGCGGAGGGGAUCUGGAGGCACCGCGUGCUGCCCGCCUUGGGCAGGUGCUUCUUUUUCCUGCUGCAGGGAACCUGGUUCCUACAGGUUGGCGUCAUGCUGUACCCGCCCAGUGGGUGGCCGGGACAUUACUACGACCCCAACAGCUACAGACAGCGGAAACUGGCGACGGUGGUGUUCGUGCUGCACUGGGUCGGAGUGCUGACGACUAUCGCCGCCAUCGGCGUGUUCCUGCGCUGGAAACACGGCCUCGGCCUGCGCUCGCGAGCUCCGCGACCGAAGCACGGCGACCGGCCCCGGAACGGCACCGAUACCACCCAGCUGCUGCACUCUUCGGAUGACGAGCUAUGAACGCCGCCGGAUCCGGAGCGGCGCUAGCAGGGACAUACUCUCCAAAAAGUUCACUUAUUUCCAAACACUCAUCGGAGGCUAUGUGUUACUGAGCAAUUUUAAUCCAACCUUCCCCACUAACAAGCUUUUUGUGCGAUAAGAAUUUGAUUUUUUUUUUCUCAAAUAUGGGACGGUAUAGGAGGGGCAAAUGUCACAAAUGUCCCUUUGAAUUCACCAGUGCCUGUGAAAGAGCUUUUUGCUGAGCUUCGGUGGUUUUCAACCAUGCCACUGGUGUAAACUCUUCUCCGUGGUCUGUGUUACUUAAUGUGCCUUAAGGUGUUUUAUUGUGGACUGUAGACGGUGAUGAGAGAGAGGGAGAGAGAGAGAGAGAGAGAGAGAGAGAGAGAGAGAGAGAGAGAGAGGAGAGAGAGAGAGAGAGAGAGAGAGAGAGAGAGAGAGAGAGAGAGAGAGAAAGAAAGAGAGAGAGAGAGAGAGAGAGAGAGAGAGAGAGAGGGAGGGAGGGAGGGAGAGAGAGAGAGAGGGGGGAGUGCAUCGUACUCACCUGCAGUGUUCAAUGUUCAUGCUUUUGCACGUUGACCAUAGGCAAGAGAACAAUGGCAGGCACAGCACUUCACUCAUAUUUGUCGAUUGUUAGUCAUUGGGUAAUAGCAUUGAUUAUCGGUGUAUUCUCUGGACAGCACUUGAUACGUGUGCCUUUGGUUAGAACUGCAUGUUCACAAUUCGUAUGCACUUCAGAGUCGUUUCUUUCCGAGACUCGUCGCAGCAAACCAGCAUGGAGUCUUGUUAACGUGCAUUCAUUUGUAAUUCUGUUGUAGGACAGAGUUCAUUGAAAAAAGUUACGAUGAAUGUUGGUGCAGCUAGUUACUGUGCACAAAUAAUGAACUCGACACUCGUGAGGUCUGCUGAAUGAUGGACAUCUAGUGCGCUACGACGCUGUUUACCUACCUAAUUAUUGUAUGUACGUACAAUGCACAUUAUCCGUCAUAUGAGAUCUCACGUGAUCAUCCCUUGUGCGUUUAACUUCGCGUUUUAUGCUUAACCGAAGGCGAUUAAAGGUAGUGUGCCAGCUUUCUUGGACCGUAUGGAGUUAAUGGCCCAGAUAAGGAG